AUGGCAGACAAGUUUGUAGGUUUCGACAAUUCGUGUGCUGUUCCAAUUGGGGCAGUCAAGGCACUCGUACAGAGCCACACAGGAUUUGGCAAGUUGACCAGCGAAGACCAGCAGGCUGUGGAGCUCCACUUGGCCAUCCAUGCGUACAUGAAGGUGGCGUCCGAGCGCUUUGUCGACACAAUUCCAAUGCUCCUCAACACCAAGUUUGUCGAGCCGUUCUUGUCGGCCAUGUGCAAUGAGCUCUCGGCCACGACGGAUGCUGUGUUGACCCGCGUCCUCGCCGACAACUUGGCCGACGUCGAACGGUAG